CAACUAAACGAAGACCAUACAUGGCAACAGGGGUGUGAUCCCGCUCCUCGCCCUCGCCCUCGCCGUCCGAUUGCGGUGUGGCUGUACAGGUUACGGGUCAUCUCUCCUCCUCUCUCUCGGUCUCUCUAUUCCUUUGCCUCGUGAUGGUGACCGAUCAUCUGAUUUCUUUACUUGAUCGAGAAGGGGUUUCGGAGAUCGUCAUGGCGUCCUCCGACGACUCGACCAACGACGGGGCCGAUCAGGUUUUGACUGAAGAAUGUGGGUACACAAGAUUAUUGACACUUAAUAGGCCUCGACAAUUGAAUGCCCUCUCUUUUCCGAUGAUUAUGCAACUCCUCAACAACUUAAUUGCUUAUGAGAAGGAUCCUGAAGUCAAAUUAUUGAUAUUGAAGGGAAGAGGAAGGGCAUUUUGUGCUGGAGGAGAUGUUGCUGCAAUCAGCCGUUCUGUGACAGAAGGUCAUUGGACUUCGGGUGCACAAAUUUUCUGGAAUGAGUUUAUCUUGAAUUACAUAAUUGCAACCUACAGCAAACCACAGGUUUCUAUUCUCAAUGGAAUUGUCAUGGGAGGUGGAGCUGGUCUUUCUAUACAUGGGAGAUUUCGAGUUGCCACAGAGAAAACGGUUUUUGCAAUGCCAGAAACAUCACUGGGGUUGUUUCCAGAUAUAGGUGCUUCAUACUUUCUAUCAAGGCUCCCUGGAUUCUUUGGAGAAUAUGUUGGGUUGACUGGUGCAAGGUUAGAUGGAGCUGAAAUGCUUGCAUGUGGCCUUGCAACUCACUUUGUCCCUUCUAUGAAAUUAACACUGUUGGAAGAGACACUUGCAAAGGUGGAAACUUCCGAUCAUUUUGCUAUCUGUGCAAUUAUUGAUCAAUUCUCAAGACGCGUGCCUCUAAAAGAAAGCAGUGCUUUUAAUGGCUUCGAUGUGAUUAACAAAUGCUUCUCGAAAGAAACAGUUGAAGAAAUAUUGUCUGCUCUUGAAUUAGAAACUGUAGAUGCAGCUAAUGAGUGGAUUGUGGUAGCUAUCCGGUCACUGAAAAAGGCAUCACCAAUCAGUCUGAAAAUUACUCUCAGAGCGAUAAGAGAAGGGCGAGUGCAGCGAGUUGGCCAAUGCUUGAUGAAAGAUUACCGAUUGUGCUGCCACAUUUUGCGCAAAGAAGCCAGCAAUGAUUUCUUCGAGGGUUGCAGGGCUAUAUUGGUGGAUAAAGACAGGAACCCAAAGUGGGAUCCUUGUAGUCUGGAUUUAGUGGAUGUGAAGGUGGUGGAUCGAUAUUUUUCGGAAGUCGAUGAUGCAUGCUGGGAGGACCUGAAACUUCCUGUGAGGCAUGCGUCCAAGUUGUGAAAGAUCUCGUGGACCUACGAAGGCAUCCACAAUAAAACCCUUGCCACAAUACAUGUUAAUUACUUGCAGUGGGAUCCUUGUAGUCUGGAUUUAGUGGAUGUGAAGGUGGUGGAUCGAUAUUUUUCGGAAGCCGAUGAUGCAUGCUGGGAGGACCUGAAACUUCCUGUGAGGCAUGCGUCCAAGUUGUGAAAGAUCUGCGGACCUACGAAGGUGUGGUGAUCAUAAACUAGUAUGACGAUGUCCAAAAAGACAAAAAGAAAAAGGACAAUUCGUGUGCGGGUCUUUCUUUUUGUGAUUUAAAUUAAAGUAAUAAAAAAUCUAAGUAUAUGUAGAUUUAAAUC